AUGGGGGAAAAGUAUGCUGAAGGGGUGAUUCUUGACUUAGAGAAGUUGUGGGAGGAGUCGGACCCACGAACACCUCUCAUCUGCUUCCUUUUAAUGGGCUCAGAUCCAACUGACUUCAUUAUAGCACUGGGGAAGAAACUGAAGAUUGAGACCCGAUAUGUCUCCAUGGGCCAAGGACAAGAGGUUCAUGCCCGCAAGCUUCUGCAGCAAACUAUGGCUAAUGGUGGCUGGGCCUUACUCCAGAACUGCCACCUGGGUUUGGACUUCAUGGAUGAGCUCAUGGACACGGUGACAGAGACAGACUUUGUCAGUGACAGCUUCCGUCUUUGGAUGACCACUGAGGUCCACAGACAUUUUCCCAUCACCCUUCUCCAGAUGUCAAUCAAGUUCACCAAUGAACCACCACAGGGCCUCAAGGCAGGGCUUAAGAGGACAUACGGUGGUAAGGAUUGGUCCACUUUAGCUCGGUUUAAAGAAGUCUAG